AAGAUUGCCGUUAAUGUGAAUCUGAGCCAAAAACCUUUGAAGAAUCAUCAUCAUCGAGACACAGAGAGAGAUGUUUUGUAGCUUAUCCAUUUCCAGAUUUGUCUCGAGGAAGACAAUAACAUCAUCUCUUCUCUCUCGCAAUUUCAGAUUCAUUCUCUCCGUUGAUUCUCCUCCUCACACCCCUCUUCUACGCCCUUCUUCCAACACCCUAAUCCCUUCCUCCUCCUUCUCUCGCCGUAUUUGGGACUCCUGCAGCGGCGGUGGCGGUGGCGGCGGAGACGAUUAUGACCACAUCAGAAGUGACGUCAAUUGCCCUCGUUGCUCUGCUCAGAUGCACGUCAUCUUCUCAAAUCGUCCAUUGUCUCUCACAGCAAGAGAACCAGGGAUCUAUCAAGCUGUUAAUUGCUGUUCUCAAUGCAAAACAGCUUUUUACUUUAGACCAUUCAAGCUCUCUCCUUUACAAGGGAGUUUUAUUGAACUAGGGAAGGUUAAAGGAACUGAUGAUGACCAUGAUGAUGAUGAUGAUGAUCAGAAAUCUUUCCCUAGGAAUUGGAAAAUUCAAGGUCUUAGAAACGAUGAAGAUGGUGAGGAUGCUGAUGAGGAGGAGGAUGAAACUAAUGGCGGUGAUAAAGAGAAGCAAUCUGUGAUUAAGCUUCCAACGCCUAAGGAAAUUUGUCAAGGGCUUGAUGAGUUUGUCAUUGGUCAAGAAAAGGCGAAGAAGGUGCUUUCUGUGGCUGUUUAUAAUCAUUACAAAAGAAUAUAUCAUGCUUCUCGGAAAAAAGGGUCUAAUAACCUUGAUAUAGAGGAUGAUAAUAUUGAUCAUGUGGAGUUGGAUAAGAGCAAUGUGUUGUUGCUUGGUCCCACUGGUUCAGGAAAGACUUUACUGGCAAAAACUUUAGCGCGUAUUGUCAAUGUGCCAUUCGCCAUUGCUGAUGCCACUUCACUAACUCAGGCAAGUUAUGUUGGUGAAGAUGUGGAAUCAAUUUUGUACAAACUAUAUGUGGAAGCUGGGUGCAAUGUAGAAGAAGCUCAAAGGGGAAUUGUGUACAUUGAUGAAGUUGAUAAGAUGACUAUGAAGUCUCAUAGCUCAAAUGGUGGUAGAGAUGUCUCUGGAGAAGGUGUCCAACAGUCAUUGCUAAAAUUGCUGGAAGGAACUGUGGUCAGUGUACCGAUUCCUGAAAAAGGAUUACGGAGAGAUCCUCGAGGAGAUAGCAUUCAGAUGGAUACGAAAGACAUCCUUUUUAUUUGUGGUGGAGCAUUUAUCGAUCUGGAGAAAACUGUUUCCGAAAGGCAACAUGAUGCCUCUAUUGGUUUUGGUGCUUCCGUUCGUACAAACAUGAGUACUUCUGGGUUCAGUAGUGCUGCAGUUACAUCCUCCUUGUUGGAAUCUUUACAAAGUGAAGAUCUUGUUGCGUAUGGUCUCAUUCCUGAGUUCGUUGGAAGGUUACCCAUCUUAGUGAGCUUAUCUGCAUUAAAUGAAGAUCAACUUGUACAGGUUCUUACAGAGCCUAAGAGUGCAUUGGGUAAACAGUACAAGAAAUUGUUUCGCAUGAACAAUGUCCAACUGCAUUUUACUGAAGGAGCAACAAGGCUAAUCGCGAGGAAGGCUAUGUCGAAGAACACUGGUGCACGUGGCUUACGGUCUAUACUGGAAAGUAUCCUCACUGAAGCAAUGUUUGAGAUACCAGAUAGCAUCACGGAAGGAUCACAGAGUAUAAAGGCAGUUCUGGUGGAUGAGGAGGCUGUUGGUUCAGUUGGAACCCCAGGAUGUGGCGCAAAAAUUCUUAAAGGAGAUAAUGUGUUGCAACAAUAUGUUGAAGAAACAGAGUCAAAGGAGAAGAGAAAGGAGGAUGAAGCUAAGAGAGCUCAGAGUAUGUAGCCGAGCUGAUGUUAUGAGAGGUGUGAGUAAUGUUAGAUAUAUAGGGGCAUGAAUGAUCUCAGUCAGCAAAGCUUAGUAGUUUCAUUGUUCAGAUUCACUAACAAAGAAAGAGAUAAAAGAGUAAACAGUACUUUAAUGGGGAGAGCACUCUCAAAUGAGCUUGUUGGAUAAGUUGUGAAUAAAAUAUGCGAGUGUGA